GACAUCACGUUGGAGUGCUGGGGCUCUGGAGGGUGGCUGGCUCCUGGGAGACAGGGCUGAUUGCAAGUGCUCUUUUUUCCUGAUCCACCCGGGGCGGGCGGGCAGGCAGGCGGGCUUUCUGCCGGUGAGUGCACAACCGCCUGCCGGCCUGCCUGCCUGCCCAGAAACAACAUGCAGCCUGCAGUGUUGGGCUCCCGCGGGGAGCUGGUCAAGUAAAGGUGUUCUGGAAGGCGUUGCAAGGACUUUGCUUUGGGGAUUUAAGAUUAACUUCUCCUCUGCUGGAUCCGUGGGAUUUGGCCUUUGGCCUUUUCCUCCCAGUGGGCCGGUUUCACUGCCGCUGGCUCACUCGAGACCAAGCCCAUAAAGAACAGAGUUCAUGUCAUACAAUGGAGGAGGGAUGAAUGUUCCAAAUAAGAUGAUGGACUUCUUAGAGGAGCCUAUCCCUGGAGUGGGGACCUAUGAAGACUUUAAUACCAUUGACUGGGUGAGGGAGAAAUCCAGAGACCGCGACAGGCACCGAGAGAUCACCAAUAAAAGCAAAGAGUCCACCUGGGCCUUAAUUCACCGUGUGAGUGAUGCUUUUUCGGGCUGGCUGCUGAUGCUGCUUAUUGGGCUCUUAGCAGGCUCCCUAGCAGGCUUGAUAGACAUCUCUGCUCACUGGAUGACGGACUUGAAGGAAGGAGUCUGCCUGAGGGGCUUCUGGUUUAACCAUGAGCAUUGCUGCUGGAAUUCUGAACAAGUCACCUUUGAAGACAGAGAUAAGUGCCUUGAGUGGAACACCUGGUCCGAACUGAUCAUCAACAAAUCAGAGGGAGCCUUUGCCUACAUCCUCAAUUAUUUCAUGUACGUCCUCUGGGCCCUGCUGUUCGCCCUUCUGGCUGUCUCCCUUGUCAGGGUGUUUGCACCCUAUGCCUGCGGCUCUGGAAUCCCUGAGAUCAAGACGAUUUUGAGUGGUUUCAUUAUUCGAGGCUAUUUGGGAAAAUGGACACUGAUCAUUAAAACCAUCACUCUAGUGCUGGCGGUAUCAUCCGGCCUGAGCCUCGGCAAAGAAGGCCCCCUUGUCCAUGUGGCAUGCUGCUGUGGAAACAUCCUGUGCCACUGUUUCACCAAGUACAGGAAAAAUGAGGCCAAACGCCGAGAGGUCUUGUCGGCGGCGGCAGCAGCAGGUGUUUCUGUAGCCUUUGGAGCUCCCAUUGGCGGGGUGCUCUUCAGCCUGGAAGAGGUCAGUUAUUAUUUUCCCCUCAAAACGCUGUGGCGAUCUUUCUUCGCUGCUUUGGUGGCAGCAUUUACCCUGCGUUCCAUCAACCCUUUUGGAAACAGCCGGCUGGUUCUAUUUUAUGUAGAGUUUCACACUCCGUGGCAUCUCCUAGAGCUUGUGCCAUUUGUGCUCUUGGGGAUCUUUGGGGGCCUCUGGGGAGCUUUCUUUAUCCGAGGCAACAUCGCCUGGUGCCGUAAGCGCAAGAACACCCAGCUGGGCAAGUACCCAGUGCUGGAGGUCCUUGUGGUGACGGCCAUCACAGGCAUCCUGGCUUUCCCCAAUGAGUACACACGCAUGAGUACCAGUGAGCUGAUCUCCGAGCUCUUCAAUGACUGCGGGCUCCUGGACUCCUCCAAGCUCUGUGACUACGUGAGCAACUUCAACACCACCAAAGGGGACCAGCUGCCAGACAGGGCUGCCGGUCAGGGGGUCUACACAGCUAUGUGGCAGCUCUCUCUGGCCCUCGUCAUGAAGAUUCUCAUCACUGUCUUCACCUUUGGGAUGAAGGUGCCCUCCGGUCUCUUCAUCCCAAGCAUGGCUGUUGGCGCCAUAGCAGGAAGACUGCUAGGUGUGGGAGUGGAACAGCUGGCUUUCUAUCACCAUGACUGGCCCAUCUUCAGCGGUUGGUGCAACCAAGGAGCUGAUUGUAUCACACCUGGCCUUUAUGCGAUGGUUGGUGCAGCAGCCUGCUUAGGUGGAGUGACUCGCAUGACUGUGUCCCUGGUUGUCAUCAUGUUUGAACUCACGGGUGGCCUGGAGUACAUCGUUCCCCUAAUGGCUGCAGCUAUGACCAGCAAGUGGGUGGCAGAUGCCAUUGGGCGGGAGGGCAUUUAUGACGCCCACAUUCGCCUCAAUGGAUACCCCUUCUUAGAAGCGAAAGAAGAGUUCACCCAUAAGACUCUGGCAAUGGAUGUGAUGAGACCCCGUCGAAGUGACCCCACACUCAUGGUCCUCACACAAGACAGCAUGACUGUGGAAGAUGUAGAGGCUCUCAUCAGUGAGACUACCUACAGUGGCUACCCAGUGGUUGUGUCUCGCGAGUCUCAGAGGCUGGUGGGUUUUGUCCUCAGGAGAGACCUCAUUAUUUCAAUCGAAAAUGCUCGGAAGAAGCAGGAUGGCAUUGUGAGCACUUCCAUCAUUCACUUCACGGAUCAUUCACCUCCUCUGCCUCCACAUGCUCCCCCAUCGCUCAAACUUCGCAAAAUCUUGGACCUCAGCCCUUUUACGGUGACGGACCAAACGCCCAUGGAGAUUGUGGUGGACAUAUUCCGAAAACUGGGACUUCGCCAAUGUCUGGUCACACACAAUGGGCGGCUCCUGGGAAUUAUUACCAAAAAGGAUGUGUUGAAGCACAUAGCCCAGAUGGCAAACCAAGAUCCCGAUUCCAUACUUUUCAACUGAAGUCCCCAAACUGCACUGGGAGUGUGACACCUAGAAGAUGUGAUGCCAUCACUGUUGUUUAGAAAACCUGAGGACCCAGUGCAAGUGACUGGAGCAUUUCCUCUUCGGGAAUGAGGCUGAUAAUCACAUGUUGUUUGUGACUUCCCUCUCAGCUAACCCAUUGCACUACAGAAUCUUCUCUUGAGGAGAGCAGGCCCCUGAGGCUUUGGUGAAGGAGUCAUAGGAGAAUGCUCUUCUUUUCCCUUGUUCUUCUGUCCCCUUUCCUCCCCUCCCCUCCCCUCUCUUUCCUGUCCCUUCUCUCCCCUCACCUCUCCUUUCCUUCUUUUUUUUUUUAAAUAAGAUCUUUAUUUUUUUAACUUUGGUAACUAAUGAUUAGCCAGCUUAGCCAUCACUAAAACCUCUGCAAGGAACCUCUUGGCCCACCUGGCCCCCUCCACUGUCUUCUAAUCCUUUGGGAGGUCUAGACCGCCAAACUCGGGCUUUACUUGGUUUACUAACAGACAGGAAAACCAAAAAGUCCCAAGGGAUUUUCCCCAGAUUAGGGGGAGGAGGGGGUUCAUUUCACAGCAGGUGGUCCUGUGCCUGUUAAACUAUUUAGUGGGAUUCCAGAUUUUUGCUGUCCUCAUAUAUAUGUGUAUAUAUAUAUAUAUAUAUAUAUAUAUAUAUAUAU